GCCACAGCACCUCACAUAGAUGGCCAAGGCCCCCCGACCCCAGAGAGCAGGAGCUUGUCCCACCCCACCGGCCCUCUUCACAGAGAGGCAGGCUCAGGGUGCUCGAGCAGAGGGCCCCAGGGCCAACUGCUAGACUCUAGUCGCCAUCACACCAGUUCCGGGAAGACCUGGGGUGGGCUGCAGGAAGGUUCUGUUCUCAGAAGCAAGGCUUCCUGGCUUUCCAGCCCUCGCCCGGACACCACAGGUGUUCUCAGCCCCUCCCAACAUCCAUCUUCCUGCCUUUGAGAUGGAGAGAAGAGGUCGUGUUUAGACCCCAUCCUCAGAACUGGGGGAGGUGGGGGAGGGUCAAGCCUCCCUUCUCUCCCACUAGAUUCCCAAGCUUCCUGCCCUCUCCCUGGUUUUCUCCAUCAUAUCCCCUGCUCCCCCCCUCCCCGCCAGCAGUGACACAGUUACCUCAGAACUGAAAUAUUCCUGGAAACACCGGCCUUGUCUGGUUAAUUUCAUGAGCCGUUUUCUGCCCAGAUGAGGGUUCUUGUUUAUUCAAAGGCAUCUUCCCUGGUGGGGGGGAGCCGGUUCCCUGAAGGAUGCCCCGCAGGGCCCCCAAGUAGCAGCACGAUCACCACCUGGAAGCUGGGGGAUCUUGGAGAGCAGGGCUCUGAGCAUGAGUGUGGCCAGAGGGCUAAGUCACCCCUUUAGGACAGCAAGCCCAGCUCCAGAGGGGGCUGGGGUAAUAGGAAAGGGCGAAGGCUGCGCUUUUCAGCUUUCAAAUAAGGAAAUGCUGGACAUCUGGGCCAAUCCUCUCACUUUACAAAUAAGGAAACUGAGACCUGAGAAGUGACGGGACUUAGCCAAGCCCACAACGCCAUUCUAGGCCCAGCCUCCUGACUCCAAGCCCAGCGUUCUUUCCACUAUCUUGUGGUGUUUCCCAACAUAGAAGGAAACGUUUUCUAAGCAAUUGGAGCAGCCUGCCUCAGGAAGCAGCAGGGAGGCCCAUCCGAGCAGGUUGAAAUGCCUCUUGGGGAUACUAUAGAGGGAUGGGCUCCAAGGUCCAGCUGUGAAAUUUAGCAAAGGGAGAGAAGGCGCUGUGCAUGGCAGCUGCACGAACUGGGGGUAGCAGAAGCUACAGGAGGCAAAGGGAAAUGGGAGGAAGUGGGAGCAGGCCCCAUGCUCCAGAAUGCAUAAUCAGGGUCACUCCCCCAGAGGCCCCACCUGUAGAUAAGGUCUGGAGAUUGUCACCAGGGCCUCUGCCCCACAGCGCCCCCCAUAACAGCUGCAACAUGACCCCUUCUCUGAGGAUGAAGGCAGGCACCUGAGCUGUGCAGAAGCCCUGGGCAGCCCACCUCCCCCCGUCCAGUGGUCACAGCCAAGGGCUUUGCCCCUCCCUCGCUGUGAUGACAAAGCCUGGGUAGAAGUGACUCUGUUUCCAUAUGCCAACAGCCUCCCACAGGCACGGCAGGUAGGCUGUGCAAGUAUUGCUAGUAACAUUUCAAAAAGGAGAAUACUGAAGCUAAGAGGAAGAGAAGUUACUUAUCCAAGGUCUCAAAAAUUUGAAGGGGAAAAGGGGCCUGAGAGGCGAGUCUUCCAGAAACAAGCCCAGAGCUCUGCCCACUUUCAUCCUGAGUCUCUAGACACAGCCCAGCCCUGAGCCGAAGCCCAGCCUGCCUCAAAGCCAGCGCAUCCAAAGUGCCCGCAGCUUCGCACUUGGCACUGACCCAGUGCGAACCACAAACCCACCUGGGGCCUGUGCCCUAAGCCCAACCCAACCACUGACUCUGAUCCUCUUUCAUCCUUCUCCUAACCCUAAACCUUAAAAGAAAUCUGGGCGACUACCAGCCCUAACCUUACCCACUCCUGAGCCUGACCCAACCACCAACUGUAAUCCCAUUUCAACACCAGCCCUGAACCCAAACCAACCAGAAUCCACUCUGAACACACUAGAGCCCUACUCAUUUUGGGCUACUUCACCCUAGUUCUUGGAUAUGACUCAGCCCAAUAAAAAUAGGUUAGUCAAUCAUGUGUCCUGACUACAGCACGCUCCUAGGAAACCCAGCCUCUUCCCCCAGAGCCUCCAAGCCUUCCGGAGAUCACCAAGGACUUGGGCCCGUGUCACCACUGGUCUCCACCCUGACAAACACUGGGGGACUCGUGGGGGAUGCUGGCUUGUCUGUGCACCGUGCUCUGGCACCUUCCUGCUGUUCCAGCCCUCAACAGAACAGGGGAUCCAGGGCCUGGCCCCUCCAUCCAGAAAACCUAUGACCUCACUCGGUACCUAGAACAUCAACUUCGAAGCCUGGCUGGGACCUAUCUGAACUACCUGGGUCCCCCUUUCAACGAGCCUGACUUCAACCCGCCCAGGCUGAGCGCUGAGGCCCUGCCCAGCGCCACGGUGGACUUUAACGUGUGGCGAAGCCUCAAUGACCAUCUGCGGCUGGCUCAGAACUACCAGGCCUACAGCCACCUGCUCUGCUAUCUGCGAGGCCUGGACCGCCACGCGGCCACGGCCGAGCUGCGCCGCAGCCUGGCCCACUUCUGCACCAGCCUGCAGGGCCUGCUGGGCAGCAUCGCGGGGGUCAUGGCCGCCCUGGGCUACCCGCUGCCCCCGCAAGGGGCUGAGCCUGCCUGGGCCCCCAGCCCUUCCCACAGUGACUUCCUCCAGAAGAUGGAUGACUUUUGGCUGCUGAAGGAGCUGCAGACCUGGCUCUGGCGUUCUGCCAAAGACUUCAACCGGCUCAAGAAGAAGACGCAGUCCUCAGCUGCGGCGGUCACCCUGCGCCUGGAGGCCCCUGCUUCUGACCUCUGACCUCUGGCCUCCCUUCUCCGCCUUGCCUUCACGAUGAGCUUCCCGCCCUCCUAGGGAGGAUCCCCUGGGGCUCCUGAGCUCCCUCUGUUCUCACCGAGAGUGAUGCAAUAAAGCUCCACUCCACCCUGGGAGCCUGGGACCAGGCGGGAGAGCCGAGGGCGCUUGGACUCUGGGCUUCCCACCUUCCCAACCCGGCGGCCCGAGAAGCAGCAGUCAAACAGGAGAGGCGGGGCUCACUGCGGGAGGUGCCUGGCGGGUGGAGCCUCCUGGCUAGCCCUGCUCUCCCCUCUUCUCACCUUCAGCCACCCCACACUUCCAAUGUUGCGGGGGGGGGGAGGAAUGUGGUGACCCAGGGACCACAUCGGGAAGAGGCAGGAAUUCAACAAGGGAAUCGAUCCCUGGGGACGCCCUCUCACCAAAAGCCGCAGUGAUGCCAAGCAUGUCAAGCGUUAAUAACUUUGCCUCACAUUUCUCCUUAACGUCAUGGUGGCUCCCCCCUCCCAGGGCACCCUACCCAGCCCCAGCGGGACAGUCACAGUCACAGAAUUUCCUAAAAGUUUACAUUGUUGAGGACGGUAGCAUUUUGGGGAUGAGGAGAGGGCGACCUGCCCCCCUCCCCAGCCCCAUCCACUCACGACUCUCAGUUUGUUUGUAUUAAUAUUUAUUUAUUUGGAGACGUUAUUUAUUAGAUGGUAUUUAUUGCAGAAUUUCUAUUCUUGUAUUAACAAAUAAAAUGCUUUCCCCAGAA